AUGGAGAGGUCUUCAUUCAAGAAACCAGAAGCCCAAAUUCCAAAGAUCAUCACACAAUCUCCUUCUCCCAUCAAGCCCAUAGCUAACAAUACCUUCCUCACUGUUCCCAGCCACUACGCGUUUCAAUCUCGAAGCCCUACGCCGGUACAGUCUCGAUUGCCUCAGAUGCACGACGAAGCCAAAGUCAAGAUUUCAAAGCCAUUAACUCGCGUACAAACUAAAAAGAUGCAAGAAGGCAUCAUUAAAAACUUCUGUGACCGAGUUCACGCCCUAGAGGAAGAAGUUGGGACGAAGACCGCUGAAGCUGAGAAACUUCAAAUGCAACUUGGCGAAAUCACCAGCCUGGCCAAAGGUGCUCAAACCAACCUUGAAAAGGUUGUUGGGCAGAACAAGCUUGUCCAAGAGAGUCUUACCCAGCUCGAAAGUGUCCUGCGAAAAAUCGAGAAUCUUAACAUAACUCACGGCGACGAAGUGGUUUCUAAUGUCCAGCCUCUGGAUGAAGGAAUCCCGGCAAGUGGGACGGAUACGAAAGUAGAAGAUGAGGACGUUCCCACACCCGUAGUUGCUAGAAGCGAACGCAGUUCUGUCGCACCAACUCCUGCGGAGGAAGCUCCGACUCCUCAACUACCGACAGCGAGUGACGUUGCUAACCUUUUCGAUUUCCAUGCCGAUGAUGAUGAUGAAGGUGAAGAUGAGGCUAUCAUCAAAAAAGAACAAGAGACCAACAAACCUACGGACCAGCAAAGUGGUCCAAGGCUAGCAUCGACCAUUGUCUCUCCCGGUGCCCCUGACCCUUUCGCUUUUGAUGAUGCAGCGGUCGAGGCUGUCUAUACAGACCAAUCUGAGGGCAAGAUCCAACAUCCCCACGGAACCCCAAGCCACCAGACAGUUGUUCCAAUUAAGCCUAUUGCUGUUGCCCAAGAGCCGGCCCCAAUGCCCCUUCAACAACCAAUUGGAGACCCUGCUAUGGCACCGUUCCAGAAACUUGCAGAUGUUAUGAAGCAAACUCUCCAAAGCGCUACCCCUGUGGGUAACAUGAAUCCUGCUCCUCAGCAGCCAGUCGCUUCGGGACUUCACAUCAACGCGGCUCCUGUCAAAGGGCCCGGCCCAGCCGCUGCUAGUAGAGCCUCAAGCAGAGGUCAAUCUAUGUACACAGCCAGGCUUACGACUCUGCCACCCGACUUUUUUCAUAGUGGUAAUUUCCCAGGCAUCCAAGGCACGCUUUAUGAGGAGGCACAACUUUGCGAUCGCGCAUCAUAUACGAGUGAAAGGGUUCCUGUUUUGAGGCUCCAAAAUAUCCCCAAGGCUAUCAGUAUCGGGGAUGUUCUUGACAAUCUCGCCGGUGGUCCUCUUUACCGCAUCAGUACUACCAAAGGGGGCCCUGAUGAUACCUUCAAGCAUGUUCGCAUCACGUUCGUCCAUCUUCAUCAUGCCAAUGCAUUUCUUGAAUUCGCUCAGAAAAACCACGGAAUAUACAUUAAAGACUGUCCGAAUCGCAUCCAAGUCAUCCAAGAUCCUAGGGAAAAGCCAAAUGUCAUAAGCUACACAACUUUUCGCAAGAUGAUGACGGAAAAUGUUACAAGAAUGGUCUAUGUUGAUGGUUUCCGAAAGGACUUUUGGACUACCAGAAAGCUUCGCGACCUUAUUGUCGUCGCUGUUGACAAGCUUCGUGUUGAAGACCCUGAUAGGUAUCAAUUCAAAGAACCGAUUUGUGAUAAGGUGGAUAUCAUUACGGCUGCAAUGGGCAACAGCAAAGAAAGGGGGGUUGAAGGUCUCAUUGGUUUGAGAAGCAUUGGAUGGGCUAUUUUGGUUCGAACUGCCCUCCAUGGCCUUCAGCACCCUGAGGGAUUUUAUAAGGAGCGUGUUGAAGGAGAACUUGGUCCCAGCAUUAAUCCGAGCGAUGACCCAUCUAGGAUUCCGACUUUGCGUGCUUUUUGGGUCCCUGAUACCGCCGAUAAGCCCCUUGAUAGAAUGGCAAAAUAA